CAGAAAAUCGAAAUUCCUAGUACACUUAUGUCACAACAUAAGUGAACAUAUCAAGGCACUGGAUGAAAACAUAUUGCAUGUUUGGGCUGCAUACACAAUGAAAGACAGGAAUAAAAUUACGUUUGUGGUAGUUGUCAAAGAAAACGUCCGACUUGAAAAAAAAAUAACGUAUUCUUUCUUAAAACGUGUGGUAAAUGAAUACAGCUUAGAGGCAGAUCAGGUAAUGUGCAGCAAAGAAAAGGUAUCCAUAGAUCAACAGGAUUUGCAAAGACUGGAAAUAAGCAUAAACAAUCAUGCAACCGAACUAAUGAGAAGACACAAGUACCUGUCGAUUAUUUCUGGGAGUUCUGUUAGGUCACGAAACUAUGGAAAUGAUCGAGCCAAGGCUGUCGAUUUAGUUGCACAACCUUGUAUUGUAUUGUAUGUUCAUACAAAACACUUUAUUCCAAUUGACGAAGAACCUUUCAAGGAAUUUUAUGAUGGUGUUCCAGUUGAUGUUAGAGAGGGUGAGUUUUUUCCGUACGUGUUUGCUACAGACCGCCAUGACACACUAAAAUAUAGCUGUCAGAUCGGAAGUUCACCAGAUCGUUCUCCAAAUGAGCGCAAUAGACUUUUCGGAAGUCUAGGGUGUUUUAUAGAUCACCCCGAAUACAAUUUGUGCGGACUUACAUGCGCGCAUGUCCUGCUGUUUCCAUGGGCACUGGAAGAAGUUAAAAGAGACGAUAAUGGAACAUUGCGAUGGCCGUCUUUCAGGCCCCAUGAUAAAGUUUAUCAGCCGGCGGAAUCAAAUGAAGCUAUCGGACAAAUUGUACAGGUAAUUUACCAGGAAGGUGGAAACACAACUUGCGGUAUGGAAGUUGCUCUAUUUCAAAUAGAUCAACGGCACCCAAUUUCAGGCCGCUUUCCAACAAUGAGACUUGCAGGAGGUGAAGAGAUAGUUUUUGACUCGGGAAAAUCAUGUGGCUUCUCUCACAUAGGAGAUAAUGAAGCAAUUAAAUUCGGUCCAGUGACUGAUAAAACCACUGGCAAGUUUGAACUACAAACAAAUACAACUUGUGUCAAAACUAUUAGUGAACAUUGGGAUCAUGGCAAUUUUAGAAUAACACUAAACAAUCAGUUAUGUGUCAAAUCAGCUGACUCAAAUGGACAGCCCAAGUCUUUUGCUGCUGAAGGGGAUUCAGGCUCUCUUGUAUUUAUUAAAGACUCACGUGGUGAGUUUGUGAGCGUAGGAAUAGUGGAAGGUGGAACAUCGUAUGACGCAACAGUAGUAACACCAAUAAAACCUAUCCUACAGAAGAUUGGGGUGCAUAGUUUAAAAAGCUUCGAAAAGGAGAAAAUCGAGCAAAAGCUCGAUAACAUAGACAACAGACUAAAAGAUGUUCACGUUAAUAUUCAAAGGAAUCUGGACAAUUUUAAAACCACUUUAUUCACGCAGUUGUCUGCAUAUUUAGACAAGAAACUAGGUGAUAACAAUUAGUCUUUGAAUUUGUGGUAUCAUUUUCUCAUUUCUUAUAUUCUCAUUCUCAUGAAAUUUGGUCAGAACAGAAUGAUUGCCUUGAUAAUAUCUAGGUCAAGAUUGAAUAUGGGCCAUCUAGGUCACUAGGUCAUAUCUAAGAAAAUACUUGUUUAAACUCAAGAGAUAACAUUUUUGUUUCUGUCUUAAUGAAAAUUAGCCAGAAUAUUUAUUUCCAUGAAAUCAGUAGGUCAAACAUGUUUACACUGUUAUGGUGUAUUUCUGAGGUGAUCGACCUAGGGCCAUUUUGGCCCUCUUGUUUAUAUUUUUUAUAUUAUUUACAACUGGAAAUGGAAAAAUAUUCAUCUGUGUAAACUGUUGUUCAAAUCAAGUGUACAAUUAUUUGUGAAUGCAUGUAUAUGUCACUACAAGUGCAGUAGUCGUUUCACUAAAGGUGGUCAAACUGUUUGAUUGAAAUUUUUAUAGUGAAAUUUUACAAUUUUGUGAGUAUUGUUUUAGAAAUUUUUUAAUUUUAUUUUAUAAAUUGAUAAAUAUAUUUUCAGGUAUACUCAAUUUUGAUAUUUCACGCUGAUUUCAACCAGAAUAUCCGUUUAAAGAGCAAAUUCUUUAUCUUUUGCGGGAGCUUUAAGUACUUACAGAUAUUUUUGACGGGUGGUACUGUUGUGUGUACGUCUAUAUCUGUUCGCCCAAUUUUGUAUCAUGCAUAUCUCAAACGGUAUUUGACAUGGAGCUAUCAGACAUCAUAGAAAUGGUAUUCAGCAUAUAAAGUUGUGCUUGUAGAGUUUGUUUGAGAUUUCACUCAGUAAAAGCAGAGAUAUGACCGUUGAAAUCAAUAAUUUAUAUGAAGCGUUUAAAAGUUUACAUUACAGGAUUUGUUUUCAUCGGCUGAGCUUUGAUCUGAGGUUUUACUCAGGAAGACAAAAGUUAUGGCACUUUGUCAAAAAUAUACAUUUUUGUUGCAUAUAUCUUAAAACUAUUCGACACUGAAUCAUGAAAUCUAACAGAAGUAUUUUUCAGUAUCUAAAAUUAUGCACCCUGUGUUUUACUCAGAGUACCGGCCCUCGUUGGUCAAAAUAUGCAUAAACGGUAAGUACGGUUUUGUAGUAAGUAUGUCCAAUCGUAUUUGACCUAGAUUCAUCAAAUAUUUAAGGAUUGUUAUAUAGCAUAAGCAGUGAUGCGCGAGGGUUUCGCUCAGCCAAACCAGUGUUAUGCCCCUUGACUAAUACAUUGUACAUAAAGAGUCUUAAAGAUUGUGUUGCAUACAUACCUAACCUA